GGUCUCCUGAGACCAGGAGCAGGUAGACACGUGAUACGGGGCGGAAGUGCCUUGUGAGUGAGCCAGCUGAGUUGAGGAUUACUUCCGGGUUGAGUCGGCGCUGGCUCAUACAGACUCAUCUAUCCUGGAGUCUUACAGUGUUCCUGCUCGACAUGGUCCUUUUGUUUGCAACUCCUAAGGAUGGACAAGGGUCAAGCCAUAAUAUUUAAGCGUGUAUUCAACCUCACUCAGGACAUCAUCUAUCUUCUGAUUGGAGAGGAUUACACUCUAGUAAAGACAACAUCUGAAGACUUUGUGAGGUCCAUCAGUCAUUCUGCGUCUGAAGAAUGGAGCCGGACCCAGGUCCCUUUUUUGGAGCCUCCAUCUCUUUUAUUGAUACUUGAUCGAAACAAAACGAAGAAGGUCCUAGAGCUCACCAGCAAGAUCAUUGAGCUGCUGACUGAAGAGGUUUCUGUAAGGUGUCAGGAUAUCGCUGUCUAUUUCUCCAUGAAGGAGUGGAAGUACAUAGGAGACAAAGCUCUGUAUAAGAAUGUCAUAAUGGAGGACCAGCAGACCCUGUCCUCACCAGAGGGUUCCAGUAAACGUAAAGCAUCAGAAAGGUUUUCAACUCUGUGUUCCCAGGAUUGUCUACAGGAAAAUCACAAAGUCCUACAAGAUCAUCAGAAGGGGGAAGAUUUUGGUUCUUCACAAGUUGGAAUUCUAAACGAUGAAGAAGAGACAUUCAUGAAGGUUGGCCAGCAGUGUAGGUUCGAAACCCCAGGUUCCUAUAAUCAAGAAUCUUCCCAGGUGUAUCUUCCUAAGAGUAUCUUCCACAAGACAGUGGUCCCAUUGCUGACUGACCCUCCAAAAAUGAAGAGGUAUAAGAAGCUGAUCACAGAAUGGGUACUUAACCUUUCUCUGGAGAUCAUCUACCUCCUUACUGGAGAGGAUUUCAAGAUAAUGAAGAAGACAUCUUGUGAUCAUGUGAGCCCCAGUGGAUGCCGCUCUUUGUAUGGAGGAUGGAGUGGGCCCCAGAGCCCAAUCACGGAACCUACUUAUCAUUCACCAUUACGUGAGAGAAACAAUGAGCAGAAGAUCCUCGAACUCAGCAAUAACAUAACUGAGCUGCUGACUGGAGAGGUUUCUUUAAGGUGUCAGGAUGUCGCUGUCUAUUUCUCCAUGGAGGAGUGGGAAUAUUUAGAAGGACACAAGGAUCUGUACAAUGAUGUUAUUGAGAACCAUCAUCCCUCUAAAUUACCCGAAGGAAUCGGCAAAAUAACUCCAGCUGAGAUAUAUCCCACUCAGACUUGUCCAGAGGAGAAUCACUUGGUCUCACAGAGCCCUCAGGUUGAAGACAUAUUUGAUUUUAAAGUUGAAAUUGUAGAAAGUGACGAAGAGGUGUAUAUCGGGUGUGAUCAGCAGACAAUGGAGAAGAAAUUUCAUGCAGAUAUUAGCACUGUUGACCACAACAAGGGACAUCUGCUUUUAUCUCCAGAUUGUGAAAUUGAAGAUAACAUUAUACAACAAUUUCCAGAAGAAAUCAUUACUGCCCCAAGUGUACUUCCAGGACUUCUCAGUGCAUAUCACUUCUCAGAGCAUUCUUGUCAAGAGGAAUCAAGUGGUAAACUCUUUCAAUGUUCUGAAUGUGGGAAAUGUUUUACCCAGAAGUCCAAUCUUUUGAGACACAAGAGAACACACACAGGAGAGAAGCCAUUUUCUUGUGAUAAAUGCAGCAGAUCUUUUACUCAGAAGUCACAUCUUGUAGAACAUCAGGUAUUUCACACAGGGGAGAAGCCGUUUUUGUGUUCCAUAUGUGGAAAAUGUUUUACGCACAGGGCUAUUCUGUAUAGACAUUGGAGAAUUCACACAGGUAAAAAGCCAUUUACAUGUGCUGAAUGCGGUAAAUGCUUUUCUUAUAAAUCUUAUCUGGUAGAACAUCAGAGAUUUCACAUCAAGGAGAAACCAUACUCCUGUUCUGAAUGUGGGAAAUCUUUUGUAAAGAAAUCUGUCCUUGUUAAACAUUUAAGACUUCACUCAGAAAAGAAUCGGCUUACAUGUUCAGAAUGCGGAAAAUGUUUUACCAAGAAAUCAAUGUUUGUCAAACAUCAAAGAAUUCAUACAGGAGAAAAACCGUAUUUGUGCUUAGAUUGUGGGAAAUGUUUUGCCAAGAAGUCAGUUCUUGUUGAUCAUCAGAGAACUCACACAGGAGAAAGGCCUUAUCCUUGUUUGGAAUGUGGGAAAUGUUUUUCUAAGAAAUCAGGUCUUGUAAAACAUCAGCGGACUCACACAGGAGAGAAGCCUUUUCCAUGUCCAGAAUGUGGCAAAUGUUUUUCACAAAAAUCUGGGCUUGAGAAACAUCAGAAAACCCACACAGUGGAGAAAUCUGUUUCGUGUUUGGAAUGUGAGAAAGGUUAUACAUGUAUCCACCCUGAGAGACAUCUUGCAUUUGAAAAAAAGGCAAGGCCUUUUGUAUGUUCAGAAUGCGGGAAAAGGUUUACCCAGAAAGCAUACCUCAUUAAACAUCUGAAAAUUCAUACAGGGGAGAAGCCGUUUUCAUGUUCAGAAUGUGAAAAAUGUUUUAUGCUAAAAGAUCAUCUUGAGCGACAUCAGAGAAUUCACACAGGGGAAAAGCCAUUCACAUGUACAGAAUGUGGGAAAAGUUUUACCCAGAAAAAGUCUCUGGUUGAACAUCACAAAACUCAUACUGGGGAGAAACCAUUUUCAUGUUCUGAAUGUGGAAAAUGUUUUACACGGAAAUGUCAGCUUGAAAUACACCAGAGAAGUCACACAGGGGAAAAACCAUUUUUAUGUUCAGUGUGUGGAAAAUUCUUUAUCCAAAAAUCUGAUCUUGUCAGACAUCAGAAAAUUCACCGUGGAGGGAAGCCUUUAGAAACUGGGAAUGGUGAUGUUCAUCAGAGAAAUGACCGAGAUGAGCGGCCUUUUUUAUGUUCAGAAUGUGGGAAAUGCUUUAGCCAGAAAUCAUAUCUUGUUAAGCAUAAAAAAUUUCAUUCAGGUGAAAAACCAUAUUCGUGUUCAGAAUGUGGGAAAUGUUUUACCAUGAAAUCAGGACUUGUUGAACAUCAGAAAAUUCACACAGGUGUGAAGCCGUUUUCAUGUCCAGAAUGUGGAAAAUGUUUUACACGUAAAUCUCAACUUGAGAUGCAUCAAAGAACUCAUACAGGAGAGAGACCUUUUUUGUGUUCAGAAUGUGGAAAAUGUUUUAAUCACAUAUCAGUUCUUGUUGAACAUCGGAGAAUUCACACUGGAGAGAGGCCUUUCUUAUGCAAGGAAUGUGGGAAAUGUUUUAUUUAUAAAUCGGCUCUUUUUACUCAUCAGAAAACUCACUCAGGGCUAAAGCCAUUUUUAUGCUUAGAAUGUGGAAAAUGUUUUGCCCGGAAAUCAGUUCUUGUUGAUCAUGAAAAGAUUCACACAGGGGAGAGACCGUUUUUAUGCCUGGAAUGUGGGAAAAGUUUUACUCAGAGAUCAGUAUUCGUUAAACAUCAAAGAAUUCACACAGGAGAAAAGCCAUUUUCAUGCUCAGUAUGUGGGAGAUGUUUUGCUCGGAAAUCAUGUCUUCUUCUCCAUGAGAAAAUUCACACUGGAGAGAAGCCAUUUUCAUGUUCAGAAUGCGGCAAACGUUUUACUCACAAAAGGGCUCUUGUCAGACAUCAAAAAAUUCACACAAAAGAGAAACCUUUUUCGUGUUUUACACAGGAUUCACUUGUACAUGAGAAAAUUCACCAGGUUUUCUGAUCUGCUUCUUAAUCUUAUGGACUUUCUCCACAGCCUAUAAGGAUUACAGCUGACUUUACUUGACAUCCACCUGGGACAGGUUACCAUAAUAAUCUGCACAUCUUUCCAGCCCCAACUUCUUUUGAGGCUGCUUAAAAGGGGUACAGCACCCGGCAAUUUAAACAGUAUGUUUAGAAUGCUGGGUUACUGUGGCGGGAGACAUGAUGUCAUGUCAUGCCACGCCCCCUCCCGUAUGGAGGGGGCGUGGUGUGACGUCAAGUCUAGUCUCCCCCGGGAACCCACCAUUCUAAACAUACUGUGGAGGGGAGGAAUGGAGGGGGCGUGGUGUGACAUCAAGUCUAGUCUCCCUGGGAACCCACCAUUCUAAACAUACUGUUUAGAAUGCAGGGUGCUGCUCAGAGAUCACGGGGGUCCCAAUCUGCAGAACCCCCGCGAUCAGAUAUCGUAUCCCCUAUCCUUUUGGAUAGGGAACAAGAAGUCUAGGGGCGGAGUGCUGCUUUAAAAGCUAGAGAGGCAAAUCUAUCAUAAGUGGUUCAGGGUGUUUGAAAACUUUGGCACAACCUUAAACUGUCUAAUUUUAAUUUAGACUUAUGGCAACUUGUGUUUGUCUUUAAAAAUCUGCAUCUAAAUUUUGGUGCAUCUUCCCUGGUAAGCCCCCUCCCCCUUGUUGAGUGAGGUAUAAAUACAGUCUACAGAACAUAAAUGUGUUUUAGAUGAAGAAUGUCCCAAAUUGUUCUUAAAGGACAUUUAUUAUUUCUCCUACUGACUUUCAGAUUGCUGUACCAACCUUAAAGUUUUGUGGCUCUUAUUGCCUCAGAAGUGUCUUGUUGCUUUUGUUUUGUGUUAUAACUGUUAACCUAUUUUAUUGCUAUUUAUAUUUACUCUCUUGCCAGCGCCAAUUAAUCUGUUUUUUACCUCUGCCCUUUGACACUAUGGAAGGCCUGUAAAUAAACCAAAUGAACUAAUAUGACAUAUUAUAUUACUUAAAGGGGUAUUCCAGGAAAAAAGUUUUAUAUAUUAACUGGCUCCAGAAACAGAUUUGUAAAUUACUUCUAUUAAAAAAUCUUAACCCCUUAAGGACCCGGACAUUUUUUGCACAUCUAUCUGACCACUGCCACUUUAAGCAUUAAUAACUCUGGGAUGAUUUUACUUUUCAUUCUGAUUCCGAGAGUUUUUUUUCGUGACAUAUUCUACUUUAUGUUAGGGGUCAAAUUUUAUCCAUACUUGCAUAAUUUCUUGAUGAAAAAUCUUUCUUGAAGCUCUCUGCUUAUAAGGAAAAUAGACAUACCAAAUUAUAUAUUGAUUCACAUAUACAAUAUGUCUACUUUAUGUUUGCAUCAUAAAGUUGACAUGUUUUUACUUUUGGAAGACAUCAGAGGGCUUCAAAGUUCAGCAGCAAAUUUCACAGUGAAAUUUUUCACAUAUUUACAAAAUCAGAAUUUAUCAGUGACCAGUUCUGUUUUGAAGUGGAUUUGAAGGCCUUCAUAUUAGAAAUACCCCAUAAAUGACCCCAUUAUUGAAACUGCACCCCUCAAAGUAUUCAAAAUGACAAUCAGAAAGUUUGUUAACCCCUUAGGUGUUUCACAGGAAUAGCAGCAAAGUGAAGGAGAAAAUUCAAAAUCUUAAUUUUUUACACUCGCAUGUUUUUGUAGACCCAGUUUUUGAAUUUUUACAAGGGGUAAUAGGCGAAAAAGCCCCCCAAAAUGUGUAACCCAAUUUCUCUUGAGUAAGGAAAUACCUCAUAUGUGUCUGUCAAGUGUUCGGUGGGCGCAGUAGAGGGCUCAGAAGGGAAGGAGCAACAAUGGGAUUUUGGAGAGUGAAUUUUGCCGAAAUGUUUUUUGGGGGGCAUGUCACAUUUAGGAAGCCCCGAUGGUGCCAGAACAGCAGAAAAAACCCCACAUGGCAUACCAUUUUGGAAACUACACCCCUCAAAGCACAUAACAAGGGGUCCAGUGAGCCUUAACACCCCACAGGUGUUUGACGACUUUUCGUAGAGUAUGGAAAUACCCAUGUUAGGAUGUAAAAUGCUCUGCGGGAAAACUACAAUGCUCAGAAGAGAAGACGUCCCAUUUGGCUUUUGGAAAGCAAAUUUUGCUGAAAUGGUUUUGGGGGGGGCAUGUCGCAAAUAGGAAGCCCCUAUGGUGCCAGAACAGAAAAAAAAAAAACAUGGCAUACUAUGGAACGUAACAAGGGGUACAGUGAGCCUCAGCCCACAAGUGUUUGACAACUUUUUGUUACAGUUGGAUGUGUAAAUGAGAGAAAAAUAAUUUUUCACAAAAAUUUUGUUUUUCCCCAAAAUUUUACAGAAAAUGACCCCCAAAAUUUGUAACCCCAUCCCUUCUGAGUAUGGAAAUACCGCAUGUGUGGACAUCAAGGCGCACUAUACCCCUUGUUACAUUCUGUAAGGGGUGUAGUUUCCAAAAUGGGGUCACAUAUGGGCAUUUUUUUUUUUGUGUUUUAUGUCAGAACCGCUGUAAAAUCAGCCACCCCUGUGCAAAUCACCAAUUUAGGCCUCCAAUGUACAUGGCACUCUCACUCCUGAGCCUUGUUGUGCGCAGCGCAUUUUACGUCCACAUAUGGGG